AUGAGUGAUCUUAACCAAGGUAAACGACUGAUAAUCUCUUCUGAGUUACCCGAAAAUCCUAUCGCCACUAAAAUGACAUUAAAAGAAGAUAAGACUUGUGGAGGAAGAUUUAGAUGGAACUUGGUUAUCAAUGCCAUAAUGAUAGCUAUGGCAGCCUUUCCUUUUUAUAUUCCCUUAGAAGCCACUUUGGGAGUUAACUGUUUUUAUGCUUCAUUAUGGCUAUUAUUUACAUUCUUGGCUGCCAGCACUUUAACUAAAAUACACAGCACAAUCAAGAAGGUAUCUAUUGGCUAAGAACAACCUCCAAAUCCUUCUCCUAUUAAAACCUCUAGAAUUACUUUUGAAAACCCUUCAAAAUGUUUCUCAACAAAGAAUUGCCAAGGAAAUAGUUAUGGUAGUAUGUAUGGAAGAAAAAACUCCAGAUAAGGAAUCAAAAAUAAAUGCUUUUUUUUUGGCUAACUCAUAAUAACGGUACAUCCCUAUGGAACCCCUGGAGAAAUCCCAGGCAAGUGUUCUAAUAACAAUUAUGGAAUUAGAUCAGUCUAUGCUCAUUUAAGAUAAAGCGAACCAAACUUUGAUCCAAACAAAUACUUUGUAACUAACUUUGAUGUUGAUACCAUAUUUCACAAAAAUUUUCUUGAUAUCCAGAUGAUGAACAUUCUCAAAGAGAAAGAAAGAAAUAAUUUUGUUUGGUAGCCAGUUCUAUUUUAUAACUGGGGACUUGAUAAACUUAGUGUUUUUACUAGAAUUACAGGGUUAGCUAGAAAUAUGCUAAUGAUGGGAGCACUAAUCCCCUUUAAUAUAAACAUCAUGAGUGUGUAUACUGCUUCCUUGUAAUUAUACAUUGAAGGAGACUUUUGUCAUCCAACAUACCAAAUGGAGGACAUAAUUUGUUAUAUAAGAUGGAAGACACUGAGUAAAAGAUCUCUUAAAAUUAAGCCUAUUUAUUGUCCUACUAUUUCAGGUCCUACAUCAGGUUCAAAUAUGUGGUAAGAAUUUGUUGAAUGGGUCAGAUAAAAUAAGAGGUGGAGUGUAGGAUCAGCUGAAGUUUUCCAUUACUUUAUUAUAAAGGCUCCAAGAAUCUAGUUUUGCUCAGCUUUUCUAUGGGCUUGCAAUUAUCUAAAUUAUUACGCAUCUUUUAUUUGUGUUUAAAGCUUGCUAUUAAUCACAACAACAAUUAGACUCUUUGCAAUGGAAAGUGAUCCUAUUCUUUAGCAAUAUUUCUGUAUACCACUUAUUAUGGUUUAUAUUUGCCUUUUUUUUAUGAUAUUCAUGAAUAAACUGGCAGUAAAAUAUCUUUUAAAUGACAUUGUAAUUGAAAAAAUCCCGAUUUGGAAAGAUUUCAUUCAUUGGAUAUUAAGUCUUUUAGUCAUGGUUGGAUAUGGACUGACAGUUUUUUAUGGGUUUUGGGAAAUUUUCUUUUGUGGUAAAGGUGUAUGCACUCAUGAACCAUCAAAGAAAAAAGUGCUUGAUAACAUUGUCAAGCGCAAAGAUGAAACAGCAAUUGAAGUACAUUAAUUAUAAAGUGAAAGAUAGACAUGA